AACAAUUCAUUCAGACAUGACCCACAACUUCCCCUGAGGGAGGAAAACUACAGCAGAAAAUACUGGGAGUACGUGGACCUGCUGCUGAUUGCACUGUGAGUUUAAAGGGGGAAAACCAGCUCAGAGGGAAUGUAACUUUCAGGGAACAUUCUAGAGGAGGGAGUGGAGCCACAGUCGACUCACUUCCUGUUUAGCAUUCUGCCCCGUAUGUUUUUAGCCUCACUAAGAGAAAUGGCUUUCCGUUCUGAAGAGGAUCUGUCUUGUCCAGUCUGUCAGGACAUUUUUAAAGACCCUGUUGUUCUGACUUGCAGUCAUAGCUUCUGUAUAAACUGUCUGCAGAGGUGGUGGAGAGGGAAAACUAUACAGGAGUGUCCAGUUUGUAAGAGGAGAUCAUCAAGAAGUGAUCCACCAUGUAAUCUGGCUCUGAAGAACCUGUGUGAGACCUUCAUCCUGGAGAGAGACCAGAGAGCUUCAGAAGGGUCUGAGGGUCUCUGCAGUCUGCACUCUGAGAAACUCAAACUCUUCUGUCUCAACCAUCAGCAGCCAGUGUGUCUCAUCUGCAGAGAUUCAAAAACACACAACAACCACAGGUUCAGACCCCUCCACGAAUUUGCACAAGAACACAGACAGGAGCUCCAGAAAUCCCUGAAGCCCUUACAGGAGAAACUGACACUCUUUGAACAAGUUAAAGAAAACUGUGAUCAAACAGCAGAACACAUUAAGGUCCAGGCCCUAGACACAGAGAGGCUGAUUAAGGAGCAGUUUGAGAAGCUUCACCAGUUUCUACAAAAGGAAGAGGAGGCCAGGAUCAACGCUCUCAUGGAGGAAGAGGAGCAGAAGAGUCAGAUGAUGAAGGAGAAGACUGAGGCUCUGAGCAGAGAGAUAGCAGCUCUUUCAGACACAAUCAGAGCCACAGAGGAGGAGCUGAGAGCUGAAGACGUCUCAUUCCUGCAGAACUACAAGGCUGCAGUGAAAAGAGUCCAGCAGCGCCCCCUGCUGGACGAUCCACAGCUGGUCUCAGGAGCUCUGAUAGAUGUGGCCAAACACCUGGGCAACCUGGCCUUCAACAUCUGGAACAAGAUGAAGAAUAUGGUUACCUACACUCCUGUGAUUCUGGAUCCAAACACUGCCAACCCAGAGUUCAUCCUGUCUGAAGAUCUGACCAGCGUGAGACAUGGAGAGAGACAGAAGCUUCCUGAAAACCCAGAGAGGAUCAACUAUCACCGCUCUGUCCAAGGCUGGGAGGGCUUUAACUCAGGGACUCACAGCUGGGACAUUGAGGUUGGAGACAAUGCAACCUGGUUUGUUGGUGUGGCAACAGAGUCCGUCCAGAAGAAGGGACGCUUAAAAUCUGGGUUCUGGCAAAUUGAGUUCUACAAUGGAAAAUACAGCGCACGCUUGUCAGGAGAUCCUGCCAUUAUUGUUCGGGUGAAGAAGAAACUCCAGAGGAUCCGAGUUCAUCUGGACUGGAACAGAGGAAAACUGUCAUUCUCUGAUGCUGAUACUAACACACUUAUACACACCUUCACACACACUUUCUCCGACAUGCUGUUUCCAUGCAUAGGCACUUUGAAUGAACUCCCACUGAAGAUAUUACCAGGCAAAGUCUCUGUUACAAGAGAAUAGCUCAGUCAGAGAUGCCUAUUAGGAUAAUAUCCACAGAUGGUGCAUAUUAGAAACUAACUGCAUGCUUUGUGUUGUGACACUGAGAGGCAAUAACAUUUCAGAUAAACAACAUUUUUAUGAAAAUAGAAAGCUGCGUUUUCUUUUAACUUUACUAUGAUCUCCGCCUACUACUAUAGAAAAUAUAUAGGUAGUAGACAGUGAGUCUGUCAGGGCUUCUGUGCUGAAAACAGCUGCCUGAUGCUGCUGGACUCCCAUUUUAAUUACCUAAAUUUCCCUUGGGAUCAAUAAAGCUAUCUAUCUAU